AUGCCCGAGGACGGGACUCAGCCGGCGACGCUGGCAGUUCCGGCUGUGGCUGCCUUGCGGACAGGCGAUGACAAAGGGGAGAUGCUGAGGACUAUCAGCAUGGAUAUACGUGAGGAGCGGGAAGAUUUGAAAAAGGCGGCAGAACAAUCGUUGAACGCGAUUCUUGAGUUGGAUUUGGACSGCCGCGUACGUUGGGUCAGUCCGUCCUGGCAGGACUUAGCACGCACUCCUGUCAGCAGCAUCAUUGGGAAGCCUAUAGCUGAAACGCUGGUCGACAAUCACACGGUGUUCGCCGAAUGUGUUGAGGCUAUGCGGAAGGACGAUUCCAAAAGCCACUUUGUACGCUUCUCGAUCCAAGGACGGGACAGAAAACCCGAAGCAGGAGCAGCUGGGCCAGAUCAUGAUGUCGAUGCAAGUCCAACACCAGACGCCGAGGUCAAGCCAUCGUCGGAAGCAGAGGCUGAGAAUGUGGAAUUGGAAGCUCAAGGCAUCAUGGUGUACGAUCGAACAACAGGAGAAGAGAGCCAUACGAUGUGGUUGAUAAAGCCGGCAAUCUCUAGAGAGAUAACUAUUGACUUGCCGCAGGUUCUGGUAGACUCGCUGGGCAUUGGCGCUGAGAUGCUAGCAAACUACUUGACACUGCUGGCCGACGUUGGAGCGCAAGACCCUGGAAAUCACCCUCCACCUCUCCCGGUCCUUUGCAGGAUAUGCGAGCGCCAGAUUACACCUUGGUGGUUUGAAAAACACACAGAGCUCUGUUCGCAGGAGCAUCGUGCUGAGAUGGAAGUGCAAAUGGCCCAGGAGUCUUUGCAAGAACAACGGUCGGAGCUUGUCAAGGUCCUGGACGCGCUCGAGGCUCAAUCACGUCUGAUCAAAUCAACCCCUUCGGACGCGGGCUCGCCGACACCAGCUCCCAAAGCAGAGWACAAAGGUCUAGCAAUCGGACCCAAUUCUAGUCCGUCAUCAGGAUUGUCGUCUGGCCGUGCAUCUCCAGCCGCUCCGGCACCUCGUUCACGAGAGUCUUCGACCAGUGGGUUGAGCCAUCACCGGGCCCGCUCUUUUGCAGUUCGCAGGCCACUCGCGCGAAUAGUUGAACUUGUGCUGGACCUUUGCGAUACAUCAAUGGAAAUCAGCACGCCAUCUAUCAAAGACACAAAGUCGUAUUCUCCAGGAGAGAUCAGAACGCAAUCACCACAGUCAGAGGGUCGCAUACAACAGGUGCUUCAGUGGCAGUCGCCAAGUGCUGGAUCUCUGGAACACGAACAAGGGUUGGCAAUGCUUUGCGAAGACACUGCGCAGCUUGCAAAGACAAAGGUCGAGGCGGUCUUUCGACACCGACGGAUAUUGGAGUAUUCUGAACGUAUUCGCGUCGAGUACGACGUCCUCGUCCAAGAGUGCAUAGAGGCCGCCAUGGAGAAAGCGGCUCGAAUAGCAGCCGGCGAGAUAAGCGACUCAAGCUCAAGUGAAGACUCAGAUGCCCAAGUGAGUCCUAUUGGAAGAUCUCAAUCGGAAGAGCAGCAGCGCCGCGAGGUUUCCGAGGUUCAAACCGACGGCAUGUUCAGUUUCAAUUCUUUCAAAUCGCCAACCGACAGCCCUUCUGCCAUGGCGGCGGCUUUGCGAAACUCUUCGGAUACAAACUUGACCCGGAACUUUUCUGGCCAAUCGUCAAGAGCAAGCAGCCCGCGUGGUGCUACCACACCGAAAUCGUAUGCAGGCUCGAUGGAGCCAUUUCCGAUGCACAAACGCGGGUCCAUUGCCCUGGAAAGUGAUGCCGGAGCCGAGAGCGACAGUAGCAUGCGAUCGUCCGUCGCCAGUGCCGGUCAUCGACGUGGUAGUCAGCGACGUGGAGAUUCUCCAGGCCCUGAAAUGACCAUGAGUCUUGGUCGUGUUGUCAGCGCGCGGUCGCGUGAACGAAAACGCCGGAGUCUCGUCCUGCCUAGCUUGACUGGCGCAGGGCGACAUCGAUCACCAAGCAGAGGACCUGUCCCCCCUUCAUCGCCGUUGCGUAUGGCGAAGCCAAGGAUUCCAAGCUCUACGGACAGCGUUCCCUCCCCCAUCGUCUCACCAGUGCUAUCUCAUGGUGACUUUCAUUCACCCAUCAUUCGUGCGCAACAACAACAUCAGCAUCAUCAUCGACGACAGUCUUCGGCGGCAUUGUCUGAAGCCAUGGGAAGACCUGCCUCUCCACGUUUGAGUGCUGUAAUGAGUAAUCCGCAACCGCGUGCUGUUCAGACUUCUAUCAAGGAUUUUGAGAUCAUCAAGCCUAUCAGCAAGGGAGCAUUUGGAAGUGUCUACUUGUCCAAGAAGAAGUCGACUGGUGACUACUAUGCCAUCAAAGUCUUGAAAAAGGCGGACAUGGUUGCCAAGAAUCAGGUCACCAACGUCAAAGCGGAAAGAGCCAUCAUGAUGUGGCAGGGUGAAAGCGAUUUCGUUGCGAAGCUAUACUGGACCUUUUCUAGCAAAGACUACCUCUAUCUGGUAAUGGAGUAUCUCAACGGUGGCGACUGCGCUUCUUUGAUUAAGGUUUUAGGGGCUCUACCGGAGGAUUGGACCAUGAAAUACAUCGCUGAGGUUGUUCUUUGCGUUCAACACCUUCAUAGCAGACAGAUCGUUCACCGCGACAUCAAGCCGGACAACCUCUUGAUUGAUGCCAAAGGCCACCUCAAGCUCACUGACUUUGGGCUCUCACGCAUGGGACUGAUCGGAAGACAGAAGCGUGCUAUCAAUGCAAAGCCUGGAGACGCUCCCCCGGACCUUCUCAAAGCUGGUCCUUUUCGGCGUGCGCCAUCCAUGACUUCGUCUCGCUCGACGUCGUUGGAUCAUCAAGCCAUGUCCCACUCUCCAUCGCACACGCCAUCUCUCACGCCGGCUCUGAGCGAAAUGAGUCAGCCUUCGUACUUUAGUCUCUACCGCGACUCGUCAAGAGAGCCCUCCAGACGCACAUCUGGACAUCGCAGCGAUAGUGGAGACAGCGAGGCCCUCAACACCCUUUUCCGCCGGUUCUCUGUCGCAGAAGGUCGCACUCCCAUCGAGGAAGAGACUGCGAGCGACGAGGGUCUUGACUCGCCUGAUCCGUAUGCUUUACACACGGUAGCAAGCAACUCCAGUGGCCCUAGAGUAGAUAACUCGACCAACUCYGCACCUAUGGCGCCGCCGAUGAUGGCGCUCUUCGACCCCGAAGAUAAUAGCAGGCGAUUCGUUGGUACCCCGGAUUAUCUUGCCCCUGAGACGAUUAGUGGAAACGGGCAAGAUGAGAUGAGCGACUGGUGGUCGCUUGGUUGCGUGUUGUUUGAAUGUCUGUACGGGCGGCCUCCGUUCAACGCAGAGACACCCGAGAAGGUUUUCCAAAACAUUCUGUCUCGUAACAUCCACUGGCCUACUGACGAUGAAGAAGAUUUGGUUUGCGAGGAGGCAAAGGACUUGGUGAACAAGUUGAUCUGUUUAGAUCCCAAAGAGCGCUUGGGAUCGAACAAGGACGAAAUCUAUGCCAAUGGCGGCGAAGAAAUCAAAGCUCACCCCUGGUUUGCCGAGAUCAAUUGGGAUACGCUCCGAGAAGACGAGGCUUCUUUCAUACCUGUCAGUGAAAAUCCCGAAGACACGGAGUACUUUGACGCGCGGGGUGCGACCAUGCCGAGCUUUGCUGCCGAAUUUGAAGAUCAAUCCUCAUCGCCGUCAGGAACGCCAAAUACAGAUUAUCCGGACAGGCCUCACGACGCACUCUCCAGAGUCCGGUCGCAGGUCAACUCGGUGAAGCGAAACCUCAUGCCACUGCACAUUCCACCGCAUGUUCGUGAUGCACGAUCCCGUCGGCUGAGCGAACCCGUAGUGGCUGACGAUUUUGGAAACUUCCAAUUCAAGAAUCUGCCCGUCCUGGAGAAGGCCAACAAGGACGUGAUACAGAAGCUUCGCGCAGAUGCAAUGCAAGCUCAGUCCAAGCCUCACAGUACAGGUGGAUCUGUCCCGCAAUCAGCGGUUGUCUCGCCCUCUCCUGCACCAUCGUUGGAGUCGAGCCCAAUCGCACCCGGCCCUGCGAAGAGGACAAUGUCCAUCAACAAGAGUGCACGACCCCAGUCGCCUUCAUUACUUAGUCAGACGAACUCCUCGCCGAAUCGAGGAUCGCAGCCCUCAUCACCACUCUUGGUGUCAUUCACCACUGGUCAUAAUCAAGAGCGACGGAAGACAUCAAGUGGCUCAUCAAGUCUUUCUCAGCCAGCGAGUAGCUCCCUCCAGCCUGGGAACUUCUUCGAUCAAGCCCCGAGACUGCCAGUGACUUUCAAAGCGACGACCUCAAAUGUCUCCUCGCCCAUCAAAUCUACAAAGUCAGGCUCCGUGCAGCUCCCAAUGGCACACGAAAGAGCGAAUUCGGCCCAUCGACAGCUGAGUGUGAGCUCACCCAGGCAGAGAUCGCACACUCUUGGCUCUCAGGACCAGGAUGGCGACCUCGUGCCCGAACUACUCCCAGCCCACCACCACCACAAACGGAGAAGUGGAGUGUUUGAUGUAUCGCCAUCGUCGUCCGACAAUGAAGAGACGAGGCAUCAGGCAUUACUGCGCGUCCAGCGACGUCGUCAGAGCUCCCGCCGGUUGUCUCAGAUCAGCUUAGCAGAUGGACCUACAUUUCGAACUCUGGACGUUCUCGUUUGUGAGGAUCAUCCCGUUUCACGUCUGGUCAUGGAACGUCUGCUGGAGAAGCUGCGCUGUCGAACUAUUGCCGUGACAAACGGCACAGAGGCCAUGCGUUACGCUAUGAGCGAGGUGAAGUUCGACAUCAUAAUGAUGGAGUACAAGCUUCCUCAGGUCAACGGCGCGGAUGUCGCGAGAAUGAUCCGAGACACGAAAAACGCCAAUUCACACACGCCCAUCGUCGCGGUGACUGGUUAUUUGAAAGAACUCCACGCGCCUCAUCAUUUCGACGCAUUGGUCGAGAAGCCGCCUACGAAGGAGAAGCUAGAGGAAGUCAUGGGCAGGCUGUGUCAAUGGCGCCCUACUCCACCGCAGGACAUACCUCAACCUAAACAGAGAGAAGGGUCCUUACCCACUACAGAUUACAGUCCGACUACGACAGCCUCUACAUUUGGCAGCUCGAAUCAUCCAUUCUCAAGGGAUGUCACCAGAGCAGGCUCCAUGGGUUCCAGUUCCUUUGGCGAGACAGACAGUCAGAGCUCCUCAAUUCCACUGAUCGUCUCUCGACAAGCUACAACCGACUGGGAUCAGGCUGAUCUUGAGCGCAACUUUGGUGGCCUCGGCAUCUCCAGCGCCAUCAGCGUCGAUGAAACGACACGUAAGACGUCGAGCAUGCAUCCCCAUCUGGACACGCAAGUAUCUGCCCCGGGGGCGUUGGAGACGUCUCAACAGCCUGGACCGCGUAGGCAACCAUCGAUGGAAGAGAUUCAAGCAAAACGCAAGUCAUUGGAGAAGAUACGGCAUGAAUCUGCGGCCGAAAGCGGUGACGACGAGGACGAAGAACUUGGUGAUAUGCACGUCCGGACGCGCUCUCCCAGGCGGAACAUCAAGCGUAGCUCUAAGCUGGGCACGGAGAUGAUGCGAACCAACAGUCAAGGCAGCGUCAUUUCCAGCGAGGACUUGAUGUCCUCUAAGACCUCUGGUGUCGACAUGGAACAUCCUAUCAUGGAGGACAUUGCAGCCGAAGUCGAAGCAUCUGGGAGGCUGACACCACCCGAGCUGUUUCCGCGUCAGCCCGGUGAUCAUGCCGAAGUCAUUGAUAUGGACAAUGCACCUCCAGCGGCCACACAAAGAAGACCUCCUACAUGA